UAAAGAGAGAAGGCGACAGAGAGUUGAGCAAUGAGAAGUAAUCAAAUUGUCCUUAACUUGAAUUAAACUAAAGUGAACGUCUGAUGCAGUGUUCCAGUAUGUUUCAUUUUGAAGAGUGAAUACGAUACCGUGCACGUUUUGGCUUCCACUGCAGAUCAAAUUUUGAAAGGAUCAGUCAGCGCUGUGCUUCUGUGUUGACUCAACUGAUAAUUUCCACACACGGAGAGACAAGGCAAAGUUUAAAACAGUAGAACCAAAACCUUAAAAGAAUCCAACUGUUCGAAGAGCUCACGGCAAGGGACGUCACUUCUGGAGAAAUGCAACUGUUGGUUUACAUAGUGCUGUUCCUUUCUCAUUUUAAAAUUCGAAACAUUCUAGCUGUUGAUCCUGUUGACAAUGUCGUCCAACUGAACAUGGCCCACGACUCUGCGGCUUAUAUAUUCACACAAAACCCUGAAGCAGAUCAAGCAGCGUCUGACUACAUCAGACAGGAAUGGGCUCACAGAACAGACCUCCUCGAAAUUUGGGAUCAGGCAGAUAUGCGCGUGGAGCAGCACUCUAAAGUUCCACUCGGACUGCGAAAGGAACACAUCAUGGCAAUUUACGCUUAUACCCAAGAGUCAGCAUUGUACAAGGAGUUUAAUGCAGCAACCAGGCAGUAUGGCACAAAUGAUACCAUCUAUCAGCAGAAGUUCCAUUUCAAAUGUUUCCAUUACCUCCUGUCCGUCGCAUUGGACAAGUUAAAGAGGAAGCCACACAAAACAUUCCGAGGUGUUCACAUAGAGCUGGAAGCAUCGAAGGGGGAUUCCAUCCGGCUGGGGCAAUUCACCUCCACGUCUUUGGAUCGGUCAGUCGCAAUGGGAUUCAUGGCCAGGGACUCACACAGAAACACGUUGCUUGAGAUAGACACCAAGCUGGGUGUUCCAAUCAGUCGAUUUGCAGUGACUCGCUCUGAAUAUGAAGUCCUCAUCCCGCCCUUUGAGGUGUUUGAAGUCAUAGAUGAGCUCAAUCUUGGAGUGAACGAGGAAAAUAGCUGGGUCAUAAUCCAACUGAUAGCGAAAGGGUGCCAGGGAAUCCGAGUAUCAGUGGACACCUCAAAUAGCUCUUUCAGAGUGAAAAGGGCCAAGGAAGGAAUCUCUGAACAUUGCGCUUCAUUAGACACUGACAAUUUUUGCACUGCAAACAAGAAAGACAUCGAGUCCUGCAGUGUAACGAACAUCUCAUAACAUAGGACAGACAAUGAAUAACACUUAGGCUUUCCUAAUGUGUGUUUGAGAAUUGAAUAUAUCUUCGUGUCAAUUGAUAGGGCAGUCAUGCCAUUUUAUUGUAGAGCAGGCAUAGUGUUAUACAGCUUGGAAACGGACACUUCAGUCCAACUCGAUGUCCAGGUUUUCUAAGCUGAAACAAAAACAAAUAUUUGGAAAAGCUGAGCAACUCUGGCAGCAUCUGUGGAAAGAAAUUAAUGUUAAUGUUUUGAUCCAGGGAACCUGUCUGGAAACAGAUUAUAGCGAGGAAAGAAUGGAUUUUAUGCAGAAGAUAAGGUGUGGAAUGGGAAAAGGAGGAAAUGAUAGUUGUAGAUAGAGCCCGAAGAGAGAGAGAAGAACAUUUGAACAGACAAAGGAGUGGAUAAUGAUGCAGCUAAUGCAAUGAAUAGCUAUUAAUGAGGAUUCUUAGUGGCUAACAGUCUCAAUUGUCUGAGCUUGACCCAUAUCACUCUAAACACUUCUGAUUCUUAUACCUAACCAAAUGUCUUGUAAAUGCUGUAAUUGUAUCCGUCUAUAACACUUCUGGCAAAAAGAAACAGCACUGCAGAUGCUGGAGAUCUGAAACAAAGAGAAACAGAAAUUACUUUGAAGUACUGAGUAUCCUCAACUUCUGAUGAUUUCUAUUCACCCAACUAACACCCAUGAUCAAACCCCAGGGAAACUGAUCUUAGAGUUUCUGCAUUGCAAUCUGAGUUUCCAGUUGUAUUAUCAGUGAUUAAAAGGCGUUUGGAAAUGGAGGAAGAUUAAACCUUAAUGAUAUGAAAUAACUACCAUCGAUGAUGUGUGGAGGUUCAAAUAAAAAGAAGGGAAAGCGAGCAGAAACACAGAAAGCAAAAUGGUGUUACAUUUGAAAGUGGUCUGGGCAAUUCACUGGGAAAAAGGAUGAUUCCAAAGUCGUGAGACCUCCAUUCUACAUCAGCAGGUCAUGAAUCUCAGCAUUCAGAGUCUUCGCUGGCCUGUUUUGAUUCAGGUUCUGCAUUUCACAACUCCAACGUGAAGAAAUCAUAUGCUGCCGUGAACGUGUGUUAUUUCAGGGAAAAUUGGAACGUAUUGCUUUUUCAAGCUGACCUUCUCUGCUGUCAGAAAUGCAUUUAAGUAGUUACAUCAAAACACUGUCUGAACCCAAUCGUUUUCUAAUAUCAGGAAAGUAUCGUGCUAAUUGAAACAUGUAUACAUUGUUAAAAUCUGCAGUGUUUCUGGGGCUUGCAUCCUGGAAUAAGAGGUUAAAGCAAUGCAGAUUCACCAAAACUGAAGACUGAAUUAUGAAAAACUACAACACAAGACUGCCUGACUUAUAUUGGUUGCGAAUUAAGGAUGCAGUGCAGGUGCUGAAAGGAGACAGAUACAAUUUUCUUUUUUUAAAAAAAGAGCGGUUGUUGACAGGAUAAAACUCGAAGAGGCAGCUGGACCGCAGAAGAGAAUGGCCAUGACAGUGAACUCUGAUAUAGCUACCAGAUAUAGUCAGUCAUAGUGUGUCAGAGGGGAGUCAGAGAGGGACUAAGCACAGCCAAACCGUGACUGAGGUCAGUCAGAACGGGAAUGGUCAAUGCAGCGUACAGCCAAUAUUACAG